AUGACAGUUGAAGAGACCAACUCCCAGCACCAGGGGAACGUGAAUGGUCAGGAAGAAGCGGACAGAGACAUCGGAGGAGGUGAGUGCCGGACUGAGACAUCGGAGGAGGUGACUGGAGACUGCCGGACUGAGACAUCUGAGGAGGUGACUGGAGACUGCCGGACUGAGACAUCGGAGGAGGUGACUGGAGACUGCCGGACUGAGACAUCGGAGGAGGUGACUGGAGACUGCCGGACUGAGACAUCGGAGGAGGUGACUGGAGACUGUCGGACUGAGACAUCGGAGGAGGUGACUGGAGACUGCCGGACUGAGACAUCGGAGGAGGUGACUGGAGACUGCCGGACUGAGACAUCGGAGGAGGUGAGUAGAGACUGCCGGACUGAGACAUCGGAGGAGGUGACUGGAGACUGCCGGACUGAGACAUCGGAGGAGGUGACUGGUGACUGCUGGACUGAGACAUCGGAGGAGGUGACUGGAGACUGCCGGACUGAGACAUCGGAGGAGGUGACUGGAGACUGCCGGACUGAGACAUCGGAGGAGGUGACUGGAGACUGCCGGACUGAGACAUCGGAGGAGGUGACUGGAGACUGCCGGACUGAGACAUCUGAGGAGGAGACAGGAGACUGCCGGACUGAGACAUCGGAGGAGGUGACUGGAGACUGCCGGACUGAGACAUCGGAGGAGGUGACUGGAGACUGCCGGACUGAGACAUCGGAGGAGGUGACUGGAGACUGCCGGACUGAGACAUCGGAGGAGGUGACUGGAGACUGCCGGACUGAGACAUCUGAGGAGGUGACUGGAGACUGCCGGACUGAGACAUCGGAGGAGGUGACUGGAGACUGCCGGACUGAGACAUCGGAGGAGGUGACUGGAGACUGCCGGACUGAGACAUCGGAGGAGGUGACUGGAGACUGCCGGACUGAGACAUCUGAGGAGGUGACUGGAGACUGCCGGACUGAGACAUCUGAGGAGGAGACAGGAGACUGCCAGACAGAGGCCUUAGUGAAGGAGACAGGAGAGUGCCGGACAGAGACCCCGGGGAAGGAGACAGGAGAGUGCCGGACAGAGACCCCGGGGAAGGAGACAGGAGAGUGCCGGACAGAGACCCCGGGGAAGGAGAGACCUGUUGGAUCAGGGCUGGACCCUCCCUCUGAGCAGUCCCUUUCCUCCGUCUAGAGGGCAGCCUGUAUGAAGAAGGUGUCAUCUCCACAUCCCUCGCUGUCUGAAGCUGGUGCUGCCGACGUUUCC